GGCUCACGCAACAUAAUGUGUAUUUGGCUUGCCAUUUUAAUUCUAUAAAUUCAUGCACAUCUUCAAGUUGUACUCAGCUUCGAGCACUGUGGAUUCGUUUGUGACUUAACCAAAUAAAUUGCUUAAAAACCAACAGGAUACGUGUAAUUGUUAUGACUUGUGAUUAAAGUUUAUUUCAAGUCUGAAAAACGUUAAAUCGAAUAUACAUUUUAGGUGAAAAAAACAACAACAGAAUAUAUAAGUCUGUGUUUUCCCUUUAGUACGCUUAGUUAGCUGGAUCAAUACAAGACUGUUUAAUUCACGUUGAAACAAAAGACUCAAACAUGAAAGCGUGUUCAGUGAAUUCAAUGACGGUGAUUGUUUAUAUUGUGUCUGUUUUUGUUAUCCUAAGCGUUAUUAACAGUGUGGAUGGAUUUAACAUGCUAGUAUCGCUAGAUAAGAAACAGCCGAUGAAGAAAUGUAUUUCACCGUGUAAAAUAUUUCCAGCAAUGUGCAAAAACAAUGGCGUAUGUAAAGAACAAGGAAUCGAUUGCACUUGGUACUGUCAAUGUCCGGAAAACUGCGAAGGAUUUUUCUGUGAACAUGUAGUAACCGAAAAGCAAGAGCCUAAACAAGAUGACACCGAAAUUGCAGAUGAAAACAAGAAUUCGGUUGACCUUCAACAGAAGCAAGAUACAUCUGCCUUCGAUAAAUCCAAAAUUGCUCACGCAUUGGCAGGACUUUUACAGAACACGCCCGUGGAUAAAAAAGAAGAGGAAAAGGUGAAUGGAGGACUUGAACAGUCUGCGACUGUGAAAGAAAAUGAUACCAAGACAAUGAUACCGAUCUGUACUCCAGAGGAACUGGGUAACAAUACUGUAUCGAACACAUCAAACGAUGUUGCAAAGAAUAUUUUUGAUAACGAUAACAAAACAUCCAAUCAGACUCAUACACAGUCAUCACCAAAAGUUAAGCUUUUUGAAAUCAUUGAAAAGGCACUUGCAGUCGAACCAACCGAUUCUUCCAAUAAAUCUGAGGAAUCGGUUAUCGCCAACCAGACGAGAGUUGACAUUUAUGCCGAUAGUGUAGCACGAAUUGCAAUUAAUACGUCCACGAGCGAUAAAAGCUCUCAUUUGAAUGUGUCAAACGAAGUGGACAGUAAAAACGCGAGACGUGACUAUAGUAGUAAACCUAAAAUAGAAACAACGGAUUCAUCUGUAACAACGGAGACGUAUGUGUCAAACUUCAGCCAAGUGACUUCGACCGAUUACGGCAAUUUUAUUGAUCCCGCUACAAUCGCUAUUGCAUCGCCGGGUAGCAACGCGGAUGCAUCGGUAUUCACUGCUCAAAUAUCCCCUAAUGCUUCAGCAUAUAACAGCACAAACAUAAUUGUUCGUCACAAUAACAACACUUUAACAACUGCCUCAGUUGAAAUCAAGUCACCAAUUACGGAAACUGAAAAUACACAUAAUCCAACAACUUCAAAUACGAUGACAACAACUAUAAGUACUACAACUACGGAAGCCACCACUAAAUUGCCUUUAGCCACCACUACAGCUGUGCCUUUAACGACUGGGUCGACUUUGUCGACAGAACCGAAGCAAAUAUUAUCUACGGCUUAUGGUACAACUUUGUCGACAGAAACUAUUUCUUUUGUUUCAAUCACAGACAGUUCCAUUGCGCCGUCCUCAAGUAUGUCCUCCACUAUCGUUCCAGCAACAACUCCGCCCACUUCUACUGUUUCGAAAACAUCUAUUGUAACACAGUCCUCGUCGACAACUUCUGUUAUUACAUCAUCGCCAACAACUGUUGUUACAACAACAUCGCCGACAACUUCUGUUAUAACAACAGCGCCAACAACUAUUGUUACAACAUCAUCGCCAAAAACUAAUCUUACAACAACAUCGCCGACAACUACUGUUACAACAACAUCGCCGACAAUUACUGUUACAACAACAUUGCCUACAACUACUGUUACAACAACAUCGCCGACAACUACUUUUACAACAUCGCCGACAACUACUUUUACAACAUCGCCGACAACUACUUUUACAACAUCGCCGACAACUUCUUUUACAACAUUGCCGACAACUACUUUUACAACAUCGCCGACAAUUACUGUUUCCUCUACACAGCAGACAGAAGCUGUAAAGUCCACUACAUCGGUUUCCAACAAAGAACCAACAAUUAUCAUAUCUACUUCAUCACAAAUAACAGCAUCGUCCACUGAUAAAGUGUCAGCAACAACGGUAACAACGACGUCAAAUAUCAAAUUACAUGACCUAUCAAUACCGAAUUCCGACCUUUCUAAGUCGGAACAUAUUGUCACUGCAAAAUCCUCAACAGAUGUUAUAAUCCGUGCAGAAAAUUCCACCUCAAGAGAGAUAUCGGACACUCGUAUGGAAACAGUAAUUCCAGAAAAAGUAAGAAGUUCUGUUUUGAAAGCUGAAGGAUCUGGCAACCCACCAUCCGAAUUUCCGCAAAGUGAGAUUCAGUUGACCAAUGUCAAGGCAAUUCUACAUUAUUUAAAAAUUGCAAAGGCGCUGUUAAAUGUAAGUGAUUCUGGAGUUGAAUUGUCGGCAUUUGAAUCACUGCUGAAGAACCAUAUAGCAAAUGUAACAUAUUUGAAUAACGCCACAGCUAAUUCAAUUGGUGACACACCCGCUUCAAACAAUGGGUUUGCAGUAGAUCUACGUGUACCUGCUACGACAAAUUCACCAAUUCAUGUAGCAAAAGAAAUACAAAAUACCGCCGUGAAUGCAUCGUCUUUAAAUGAAUCUACACCUUUUGAUAUGGACGCAAUAACGUUGGAACCGGACACCCCCAUCAUGUCGGAUACUUCUGAACUGCGAAGGACAGAAGGCGAUUCAACUUUACAAUCAUCUGUACCACAAUCUUAUGUAGCAGAUACUAAUUUGGCAAAUAAAAACAUGUCAGAGACCAAUAACAAGACAGAAGACACGGCUUUAACGUCCACAGUUCCACCUUCAACAACAGUGAAAUUAAAACCACUUGUAAGUGGAACAAACUUUGAAAACAUUGAGAAUGCGAAUGAAUAUACCAAUGUCGAUCCUAUCAGUGCUUUGUUGCAGCAGGAGCUGUCUAGGAAAUAUAUUAAAUUAGAUCAAAUUAAGGUUGACAAAUCUCUGUUUAAAACUGAUUUGCACGGUUCAUUAUGAGUUGUGAUAAUAAUUAUAAAUAAAGUGACGCAUUGUGGGAUUUUUAAUGGAUUAUUUUUUACAUGAAUUCCACAAUGCUGAUAAACAGCGAAUAAACAUAAAUGUGUAAGUGUAUUAGUAACUUACAAAUCAGAUACAUUUAAAGCGAGUAUUGGCGUUAAAAUACUAGGCGUCGACUGAAAUUUUGAACUGAUUAUUGACGGUAAAAUACUAGGCGUCGACUAUAAUUAGCAAGGUGAUUGACAUAUAUGAUAGGUUUAUGAAUAGACAAUUGUAAUCUAACUAAAACACCUUAAACUAUUUGUAAAAAUAUAGGAUGAAGUUACAAGAACGCCAGCUGACUUUGACGAGGAUUUAUGUGUGCCAUAAAAGCGUAAAGUGAAACAUUGAUUAAUGAGAAGGAAUGAACACUUGUGCGCAACUGUUUUUUCUUCCUUUGAUGUAAAGCAUGUCUAUUUUGAAAUACACCUAUGCAGUUUAGAAUGUGUUUAUUUAAACGUUUGAUUUGUAUGUACCAUUUAAGUAUUUUAAGGGAGAUGUUUGCGUCUUUAAUGCACAUUCGAUUUUUUUUGUUAUCCCAACUUAACGAGUUGUGCUUUGUUGUAAAUACGCCGUUUUCCGUGUGUGUAUACGUAUUAUUUAAAUACAAAGUUGCAUUUGUUAUUAUUUGCAUUUGCAUAUUUUUUAUGUAGAUCGUUGCGUUUUAUAUAAGCAAAUUAAACUAAACUGAAUAAAUUAUUAUUUUCUCUAUUAAUUUUGGUCAAGAUUAGGUAAGAAACUCUUGUCUCGAAUGUUUAUAAGUAUUUUUCAGCACAGGUAUUUUUAUUUUGUUUAUGGUUUUAAAUGAAUCAUUAUGUUAUUAGAUGUCGAAUUGUCAUGGGGUUUUGCAGAAUUUUACAUGCGUAUCUAUUAAUUACAAUGCGGAUAAAAUAGCUCUUGACCUUGCAAUUUAUGACUUGAUAACUUUUAAAUUAGCAUCGAUAAGCUUUAAUUAGAAUGUUCAAACUGUAGUUUUUCACUAUCAAAUAGUGAUUUAGUUAGCUUGUUAAUGUUCUGAGCUUAAUGAAUUGCUUUGACUUCGGCGUCUGAAUAAAAUGUUUGUGCCCGGGUUUCGAUUUGGGAAAAGCGUGACUCGGUUGUCAAAUGAACAUAGGCCAAUAUGGGCACAUUUUGCAAUUUCCUCUCAUGUUUGUGUCUGUGUUGAUAAAUUUAUUGUUGUCAUUUGACAUUGACAUUGGGACAAAAUAAGUAUAGCGCACACAAAAUGAUUUAUAUGAUGUUCCUUAAUUUGCAUAAUAAUAAUGUUAUAUUUAAUAAAUUGAUUUAACAAUAA